CUUCGACUCGGAUAGAUCGUGCUGGUUUGGAAAGAUCAAACAAGUGAAGAACCUGCAGGACUGUUUUGUUGUGUUGUGUUUUGUUCGUUGCGUAAAGUUGUAUAACCUUAGAAAAAGGACUUCAGUGAACAUUGCGUAUUAUCAGUGAUCGAUCGUUGUGAACUUUAUCAAAUGGCUGCAGUCGCUAGAAAUAUGGCUCUGGGACAGAAUAUUUACCUCUCAGGUGCUUCUUCGUUGGUUCAGCAAACGCCGGUGAAUUCCUAUCGCAAGCGACCAAUCGCACCGGCACCGGUUGUGGCAUCGGCGGUUGUUGGUGUUCAGCAGUCCUCGUUGAAGGAUCGACCAAUGAUUUCCAAAAAAUAUUGCGCUUUACCGUAUGCUGUUACCCCACAACAAUCCGCAUCGAUUCAACGUCGAAAUGCUCGUGAACGAAACCGUGUGAAACAGGUUAACAAUGGAUUUGCGAAUCUUCGGCAACAUCUUCCUUCAACGGUGGUGACGGCGUUGACCAACGGAGGUCGUGGGCCACACAAAAAGCUGAGUAAAGUGGACACUCUUAAGGUUGCCGUCAAGUACAUCCGGAAUUUGCAACGCGUUCUCGAGGAGGACAUUGAGAACACCGGUGAGACUCCGAAGUUGGAUGGUCAGGCUCUGUCACCCGUGUCCUAUUAUGGUUCCAUGUCAGAAUCGUCCAAUUCAUCCUCACCGGCGCCAUCCCAACUAUCGGAAUACUCCAGCUACGGCAGUCAGUCGGAUAUUGCGGCCUUCAAGCGGGAGCCUUACGAUGUGUACUCCAGGACGGCAGUGACGCCAACGCAAGCACUUCCCAGCAUCACCAGUUUCAGUUCCAGCGGAAUCACAAGCACCGCUACCUACUCGCAGCCCAUUCAUCAUGUUUACAGAGCACACCACCAGCCUGGGGAACUGAGUCCGCAGAACACGGACGACGAGGAACUGCUGGAUGCAAUUUCCUGGUGGCAGCAGCAGCAGUAGUGUGUGUUUGCAUUGAAACAUGUUCCAUAUAUAGUGCACUGGAAAAGACUGAAUUUUAACAGAGGCUGAGUUUUCCACGGAAGGAAAAUAGCUCGAUUGAAAUGAUUUUCACCUCGUGCGGUCGGCACAAAUGACGGCCGGGCAUCGCUUCCGGUUGUGGAUGAAAUCGAACAUUGCUCAUUCAAAUGAUCUCCACCGAAACACGUUCAAUAAGAAAUUCUUACGAACCACUGGUCCACAUUUCACGGUAGAAUGUAAAAAGUAGUAGAUUUAGAGUUGAUUUUCUGUAAGGAAACGGA